CUGGCCGCCAGAACCAACUGAGCGCCCCGCCCGCCGGUGGCGGACUCGGUCUCUGCCGCCUGUGACUCAGCCAGCGUCAGGCUUGGGACUUUAGGGACUUCUGGAAAGCAGGAACACACCUUCCAUCUCUACCUGAUUCAAGUUUCUCUGCUAAACGUGGGGCUUUUGGAAACCCUGAGACUGUGACACCAGCCUGGGAGAAGAGAGGGUCAAGAUGGCUUUGUGGCAUGGAGCCAUGAAUAAUAGAGGUUUUCGUCAGGGAAGUUUUUGUAGCUUCCAGAGCAGCACCAGUGAUGAAGACUUGAUGGACAUACCAGGGACAGCUAUGGACUUCUCCAUGAGAGAUGAUGUUCCUCCCUUAGACCGAGAACUAGAAGAGGACAGAUCAUACAAUGGUGCAGGAAUAGGUUCGGGAAAUAGGAUGAUGGACUUCUUAGAAGAGCCAAUCCCAGGUGUGGGAACAUAUGAUGAUUUCAAUACAAUCGACUGGGUGAGAGAAAAGUCCCGUGACCGGGAUAGGCAUCGAGAGAUUACCAAUAAAAGCAAAGAGUCAACCUGGGCCUUAAUUCACAGUGUGAGUGAUGCCUUUUCUGGCUGGUUAUUGAUGCUACUUAUUGGGCUUCUUUCAGGUUCCUUAGCUGGUGUGAUAGAUAUCUCUGCUCAUUGGAUGACAGACCUCAAAGAAGGAAUCUGCACCGGGGGCUUCUGGUUUAACCAUGAACAUUGUUGCUGGAACUCUGACCAUGUCACCUUUGAAGACAGAGACAAAUGCCCAGAGUGGAAUAGCUGGUCCCAGCUUAUCAUCAGCACAAAUGAGGGGGCCUUUGCCUACAUAGUCAACUAUUUCAUGUACGUCCUCUGGGCUCUCCUGUUUGCCUUCCUUGCUGUAUCUCUUGUGAAAGUUUUUGCACCUUAUGCCUGCGGCUCUGGAAUCCCUGAGAUAAAAACUAUCUUGAGUGGUUUCAUUAUUAGGGGUUAUUUGGGUAAGUGGACCCUAAUUAUCAAAACCAUUACCUUGGUGCUGGCAGUAUCAUCUGGCCUGAGUCUGGGCAAAGAGGGCCCCUUGGUACAUGUGGCUUGCUGCUGUGGGAAUAUCCUGUGCCACUGCUUCAACAAAUAUAGGAAGAAUGAAGCCAAGCGCCGAGAGGUCUUGUCGGCUGCAGCAGCAGCUGGUGUAUCUGUAGCUUUUGGGGCACCUAUUGGCGGAGUGUUGUUCAGCCUAGAAGAGGUCAGCUACUAUUUUCCCCUCAAAACACUGUGGCGUUCCUUCUUUGCUGCGUUGGUGGCAGCCUUUACUCUACGCUCCAUCAAUCCAUUUGGGAACAGUCGUCUAGUUUUAUUUUAUGUGGAGUUUCACACGCCCUGGCAUCUCUUUGAACUAGUGCCAUUCAUUUUGCUGGGCAUAUUUGGCGGUCUGUGGGGAGCUUUGUUUAUUCGCACAAACAUUGCCUGGUGUCGGAAGCGUAAGACCACACAGUUGGGCAAGUAUCCUGUCGUAGAAGUACUCAUCAUGACAGCCAUCACUGCCAUCCUCGCUUUCCCCAAUGAAUAUACCCGUAUGAGCACAAGUGAGCUCAUCUCGGAGCUGUUUAAUGAUUGUGGCCUUCUGGACUCCUCUAAGCUCUGUGAUUAUGAAAACCAUUUCAACACAAGCAAGGGUAGUGAACUGCCUGACCGACCUGCUGGCCUGGGAGUCUAUAGUGCAAUGUGGCAGCUGGUCUUUGUGGUUAUAGGUGGAGUGACUCGGAUGACCGUUUCUCUUGUUGUCAUAAUGUUUGAAUUAACUGGUGGCUUGGAAUACAUUGUGCCUCUAAUGGCUGCAGCCAUGACAAGCAAGUGGGUGGCAGAUGCUCUUGGACGGGAGGGCAUCUAUGAUGCCCACAUCCGCCUCAAUGGAUACCCCUUUCUUGAAGCCAAAGAAGAGUUUGCUCAUAAGACACUGGCAAUGGAUGUGAUGAAACCCCGGAGAAAUGAUCCCUUGUUGACUGUCCUUACUCAGGACAGUAUGACUGUAGAGGAUGUAGAGACCAUAAUCAGUGAAACCACUUACAGUGGCUUUCCAGUGGUAGUGUCUCGAGAGUCCCAAAGACUUGUGGGUUUUGUCCUCCGAAGAGAUCUCAUUAUUUCAAUUGAAAAUGCUCGAAAAAGACAGGACGGGAUUGUGAGCACUUCCAUCAUUUAUUUCACUGAGCAUUCUCCUCCAAUGCCACCAUACACUCCACCUACCCUGAAGCUUCGGAACAUCCUGGAUCUCAGCCCCUUCACUGUGACAGAUCUUACACCCAUGGAGAUUGUAGUAGACAUCUUCCGCAAACUUGGACUGCGUCAGUGCCUGGUUACACACAAUGGGAGAUUGCUUGGAAUCAUUACCAAAAAGGAUGUGUUGAAGCAUAUAGCACAGAUGGCAAACCAAGAUCCUGAUUCCAUUCUCUUCAAUUAGAAUUUGCAGUGCGGUCCUGGGUAUAAAAUAAGAAGAAUCUUGCAGACCAUGGAUAUAUUUUAGUACUCAGAUACCCAAAACACAUUUCCCAUAUUUGGAUGGUGAAGUAAUACUAGUGUGUUGUCUCUUACAAGUUAACUAGUUGCACUUCAUUAUCUCUGCAAAUUAAUCUCCUCUUUUAGAGAAAAUGCAGUUAAGCUUCUGUGAGAUUGCAUUUGGGAGAUUUCAUGAAAGAGUAAAAGAAAAUUGCCAUGGUUUCAAUGUC